CUGUGCCUGCUCCCCACCAUGCUGCCUCCUUCUCCAUAGCCUCAUCACCCCAGAGUCUCCCAACCCCCCAAUCCUGUGUCCACCUCCUGCACCCGCAGAUCACCUGGAAGCUGGUGACAGGGAGCAUGUGACCUGUGUGGCCAUGUGACUGGGACGGGCGGGCCAGUGCCUCCAGGCCCAGAAUCGGGAACGGCGCUGGUGGCGUGCAAUCUGGGUGCCUGUGCAGGAACCCGCUGCACUUGGUGAGGUGGGCAUGGGAGACCAAGCCCAGCUGACCAGAGACCCCGUUUUCUUCCAGACUGAGGGGAAAGGCGGUGGGGCCUCCCCACCUGCCCCACAGAAGAUGCAGUUUUUCGGCCGCCUGGUCAAUACCCUCAGUAACGUCAGCAACUUGUUCUCGAACCCAUUCCGGGUGAAGGAGGUGGCUGUGGCCGACUAUACCUCGAGUGGCCGGGUUCGGGAGGAAGGGCAGCUGAUUCUGUUCCAGAACACUUUCCAUCGCACCUGGGACUGCGUCCUGGUCAACCCCAGGAACUCACAGAGUGGAUUCCGGCUCUUCCAGCUGGAGGCGGAGGCCGAUGCCCUGGUGAACUUCCAGCAGUUUUCUUCCCAGUUGCCGCCCUUCUAUGAGAGCUCCACCCACGUCCUGCACAUCGAGGUCCUGCAGCAGCUGACCGACCUCAUCCGCAGCCACCCCAGCUGGUCGGUGGCCCACCUGGCGGUGGAGUUGGGGAUCCGAGAGUGCUUCCAUCACAGCCGCAUCAUCAGCUGCGCCAAUAGUACAGAGAAUGAGGGGGGCUGCACCCCCCUGCACCUGGCCUGCCGCAAGGGCGACGGGGAGAUCCUGGUGGAGCUGGUGCAGUACUGCCACGCCCAGAUGGACGUCACCGACAACAACGGAGAGACGGCCUUCCAUUAUGCUGUCCAGGGUGACAGUUCCCAGGUGCUGCAGCUCCUAGGGAAGAAUGCCUCGGCCGGCCUGAACCAGGUGAAUAACCAAGGGCAGACGCCGCUGCACCUGGCCUGCCAGAUGGGGAAGCAGGAGAUGGUCCGUGUGCUGCUGCUGUGCAACGCUCGCUGCAACAUCAUGGGGCCCGGCGGCUACCCCAUCCACACGGCCAUGAAGUUCUCCCAGAAGGGGUGUGCUGAAAUGAUCAUCAGCAUGGACAGCAACCAGAUCCACAGCAAAGACCCUCGCUACGGGGCCAGCCCCCUCCACUGGGCCAAGAAUGCAGAGAUGGCCCGCAUGCUGCUGAAGCGGGGCUGCGACGUGAACAGCACCAGCUCCGCAGGGAACACCGCCCUGCACGUGGCUGUGAUGCGCAACCGCUUUGACUGCGUCAUGGUGUUGCUGACCCACGGGGCCCACGCUGAUGCCCGCGGAGAGCACGGCAACACACCGCUGCACCUGGCCAUGUCGAAAGACAACGUGGAGUUGAUCAAGGCCCUCAUUGUGUUUGGGGCAGAGGUGGACACCCCGAAUGACUUUGGGGAGACUCCUGCAUUACUAGCCUCCAAGAUCAGCAAACUUGUCACCAGGAAGGAGCUCCUAACUCUGCUGAGAACCGUAGGGGCCGACUGCUGCUUCCCACUCGUCCAGGGGGUCCCCGUGGAGCAGGGCUCCACAGCAACGCACCAUUGCUUCUCCCUGGAAAGAUCUCAGCCCCCACCAAUCAGCUUAAACAACCUAGAACUGCAGGACCUCAUGCACAUCUCCCGGGCCCGGAAGCCAGCGUUUAUCCUGAGCUCCAUGAGGGACGAGAAGCGGACCCAUGACCACCUGCUCUGCCUGGACGGCGGGGGCGUGAAAGGCCUCAUCAUCAUCCAGCUCCUCAUCGCCAUCGAGAAGGCCUCAGGCGUCGCCACCAAGGACCUCUUUGACUGGGUGGCAGGGACCAGCACAGGGGGCAUCCUGGCCCUGGCCAUUCUGCACGGCAAGUCCAUGGCCUACAUGCGUGGCGUGUACUUCCGCAUGAAGGACGAGGUGUUCCGGGGCUCGCGGCCCUACGAGUCGGGGCCCCUGGAGGAGUUCCUGAAGCGGGAGUUUGGAGAGCACACCAAGAUGACAGACGUCAAGAAACCCAAGGUGAUGCUGACAGGGACGCUGUCUGACCGGCAGCCGGCUGAACUCCACCUCUUCCGGAAUUACGAGGCCCCAGAGUGCGUGCGGGAGCCGCGAUUCAGCCAGAAUAUCAACCUGAAGCCUCUAACUCAGCCCUCAGACCAGCUGGUAUGGCGGGCAGCCCGAAGCAGUGGGGCAGCCCCCACCUACUUCCGGCCCAGUGGACGCUUCCUGGAUGGCGGGCUGCUGGCCAACAACCCCACGCUGGACGCCAUGACUGAGAUCCAUGAAUACAACCAGGACUUGAUCCGCAAGGGUCAGGGCAACAAAGUGAAGAAGCUCUCCAUCGUCGUCUCUCUGGGGACAGGGAGGUCCCCGCAGGUGCCCGUGACCUGUGUGGAUGUCUUCCGUCCCAGCAACCCCUGGGAACUGGCCAAGACUGUUUUUGGGGCCAAGGAACUGGGCAAGAUGGUGGUGGAUUGUUGCACAGAUCCGGAUGGGCGGGCUGUGGACCGGGCCCGGGCCUGGUGCGAGAUGGUCGGCAUCCAGUACUUCAGAUUGAAUCCCCAGCUGGGGACAGACAUCAUGCUGGACGAGGUCAGCGACGCAGUGCUGGUCAAUGCCCUCUGGGAGACCGAGGUCUACGUUUACGAGCACCGGGAGGAAUUCCAGAAGCUCAUCCAGCUGCUGCUCUUGCCGUGAGGCAGCCAGGCCCCCAGCCGCCCCCUACCCCACCCACCUACCCACCCAGCCCCUGCUGCAGAGGCCUGGCCAGCUGGUCAUGGCCAGGCCCAGGCAGCUCUGCGUCCACAGACUGGCCUCAGAGAGGCUGGACUUCCUGCCUGAGGCGAGUCCUGAGGCCUCUCUCCCCCUGUCCUCACCUUCUGGCACUUUUUGUUAUUCCAGGCUUACAAAGCCUAGAGCCUCACUCGGGCCUCUCCCUGACCACCAGGGACAACUGAUUCAGGCCCUUCGCCUUGUCGGUUCCAACACUAAGGGCGCCUGGGUGUGCCCCCAGCCCGGCUUCGCCCCAGCCCAGCCUCCCAGAGGGCACUGGGUUCUUCCAGGUCCCCUGGGGGUGCAGGACCUCUGCUACCCUCUGCCCUCUUCCCUGGGGACGGGGCUAGAGGAGGGGCUGUCUCCCACCCCGUCAGCAGGGGAAACCCAGGCUCCCAGAGUUGGGGCGCCCCAUUCGACUUUGCCCCUCAACACACGCCCAGCCACCUGCACCCCUCAGAGCUGCCCCACCCUGCGAGCUCUUCUCGGCUCUCAAAGGUCGUCGCUCCUGUGACUUAAGUUAUUUUUCCUGACAGGAAGUAGUUUACGAGUGGGGAGGGGCCCCCGGGGCUGCCCCCAAACUGUGAAAUAAACUGUCUGAUUCCAA